AUGAAUGAACUAUGCCCUUUUCAUCCUAAACAUGAUAUUUAUGCUAUUCAUGAACAAAUGAAAAAUAAAAUUUCUGAUUAUGAUUGGGAAUGUCAAAUGUGUGGUAAACGAUUCUACACAGAAAAUACAUUUGAUUUACAUAUUGGCAAUAGACAUGAAACAAAUGCUUAUAGUAUCAGUCGUACAAUUUGUUUAUCGUCCUAUUGUUCGUUACUUCGUUGUUCUGUACUAAAACCAGAUAUUGAUUAUGGUUAUCAAGUGUUUUGGGAUGAAGCAUUAUGUGAUCCAAAGUCGUUUGAAGCUAUUUCAAAGCAAUGUGAGGAUAUCUUGAAUAAAUGUACACCAUCGGGAAAUGACAGUAGUAGUACACAAAUACGUCAACUACUUCAAACUACAUUAUGUGAUCAGUUAUCUUGUGAUCGGUAUUGGAUUUUACCAGAUUCCCAUAUUCAAACUUCUGCAUUGGAAAAAGUACUCACUGCAUUCAUCGUAACAGCCGGUUUAUUGACUUAUUAUUCUGUAAUAUUUAUGAGAUUAAGUUCAUCGUUUUGUCGUUUACGUAUUUCUAGUCUAUCUAUUCCACGAAUCAGUAAAAAAGCAUUUCGAUCCUAUUACUGACAAAAAAGAUAGAAUAAGAUGUGGUCAUGAAUCUCUACACUAAAUGACUGACUUCAUUAAUUAAGAAAAUGUUGUAUAUUUUAUAAAAUGAAUCCCAUCUUUAUUUUUAUUAUAACGAUUUGUAUUUCUUCGUUGUUGGUAAUUUAUGAUUUAAUUUUCAUUGAAUUAGAAUCUUG